CAAUUAUGGGGUUAAAAUGAAAAGAACCUGCAGCUGACACGCCUCCUGAAAGACAGCAGCAGGACAGAGUGCUUGCAUUUAUUUAUUUAUUUAUUUAUUUAUUUAUUUAUUUAUUUAUUUAUUUGAUCUACAACGCUUACUUUUAACAGCUCACAAGUGAAGGAGAGAGUGUCUGGCUCGAACAAACAGCGUCCUGUCCGAAACAAACUCAAUAUUCCGUCCCUCUUGUGUGGCCGGUGUUUAAUCCCCAAUUUUCACUUCAUUUAAAACACAGCAACACGUUGUUUUUCUGUUGCCAAACCCUGCCUCGUUGCGCAGUGUUUGUGAACUCAAUUCAUAACUCUGCUAGUCUGACUUCCUGCAGUUUUAAGUUCCGUUUCUCUUGCCUGACGGACAGCAGCGAUGGCGACAGCGGCAUCUCCAGAGGAGAAGUUCUCCUGCUCCGUGUGUCUGGACCUCUUCACCGAGCCCGCAACCAUUCCGUGCGGACACAGCUUCUGCUUGGACUGUAUCGGGAGCUACUGGGACCAGAGUGACCAAACCGGCGUGUACAGCUGCCCCCAGUGCCGGGAGACUUUCACUCCCAGGCCCGUUCUGCGCAAAAACAACGUCAUCAUAGAACUGGUGGAGGAAUUGAAGAAAACGAGAAGACUCGACUCGAAAAGGGAACCCCCAGCUCCCGCUCCUGUCUCUGCUGAGCUCGGAGACGUGCCUUGUGAUUUCUGCCCCGGCGAGAUAAAGCGCGGAGCGGUCAGGUCGUGUUUGACGUGCCGGGGCUCGUACUGCGAAGCGCACCUGCAGCCACACUACGAGACCGCGGGGUUGAAGAGGCACGCGCUGGUGCAGCCUCUCAGAGAUUUCGAGCAGAAUCUUUGCAAACAGCACCAGAGAUGGCUGGAGCUUUACUGCAGAACCGAUCAGAGCUGUAUCUGCGCGCUGUGCAUAGACAGCGACCACUCGGACCAUUCAAUUGUCUCAUCAGCGAAAGGGAGGGUGGAGAAAAAGAAGGAGCUGGGGGAGAGACAGGUGGAAAUAGAAAAUCUCAUUGAGGAGAGACUGAAAGGGCUGGAGAGACUGAAUCAGGCCGUGGAGUCUCUCAAGCUCUCAGCACACAAGGAAAGGGCUGAAAGUGAGCAGGUCCUGUCUGAGCUGAUCCGCUCCAUUGAGAGAAUCAGGACGGAGAUGGGAGAGCUGAUUGGAGCUAAAGAGAAGGCUGCAGUGAGUCGGGCCAACGAGCAAAGGGAACAACUGGAGCAGGAGAUCCAGGAGCUGAGAAAGAAGAAGGCUGAGAUGGAGAAGCUUUCUGAGACAGAGGAUCACAUCCACUUUCUGCAGAGUUUCCAGUCUGUCUGCGCCCCUCCUGCUGCUCAGCAGCUCUUUGAUAACAUAGAUGACUCUUUCUGGACUCUGAGGGAAGCUGUGUCUCGACUCAAAGACCACCUCGAGGGAUUCUGGAAGGUGGAGUUGAUGAAAGCAACUAUAGCAGUUGACGUGACUCUGGACCGUGAUACAGCACAUUCCUAUCUCAUCCUGUCUGAGGAUGGAAAACAAGUCAGAUGUGGAGAUAAACCACAGCCUCUCCCUGACAAUCCAAAGAGAUUUGAUAAGAAGAGUUAUGUCUUGGGCAGGGAGGGAUUCACCUCAGGGAGACACUACUGGGAGGUGGAGGUGGGGGAGAAGAUACGCUGGGUACUAGGAGUCACCAGAGAGUCUUCUCAGAGGAAGGGGGGCAUCACUGAGAAACCCCAGCAGGGAUUCUGGGUUAUUUGGUGGAAUGAAGAAAAUAAUCUGUUCAGUGCCGUCAGGGCCCCCCGGACCCCCCUCCCCCUGAGCCCGAAGCCCCGGAAGCUGGGGGUGUAUCUGGAUUAUGAGGGAGGGCAUCUCUCCUUUUACAAUGUGGAGACCAGAUCUCACAUAUACACUUUCACUGACACCUUCACUGAGAAACUCUAUCCAUUGUUUUCUCCUGGUCUUUAUUCUUCUGGUAAGAACGCAGCUCCACUGAUCAUCUGCCCGCAUACCUACACAGAUUAAUACAGAUUACUAGCACGAGGAACAUGGUCACAGGCUCCCCUUUUCUUGUGUUGUAGAGAUUUUGGUCCCUUGUUUUUAUCCUUUUUUUUGAGAAAUGCAAAUAUUUUAAAGAAAAAAAAAUAUGGUAGCUAAAUCUAAUAAGUGGGAAGGAAAUAUUUUAAAGCCUUAUUUAGCACAAAAAAGCCUGUGUUUAAAAACAAUAAUUUACUUCUUACUCAUUUUGUCCACCAGGUGUUGCUCCGUAUAAAUGAAUAAUUUGAGUUUUUUUUUUUUUUUUUUUUUUUUUUUGAAAGAGACUUUAUGCAUGAAAUAAAUGUAAUGUACUGUACAGUAUGACAGGGGACCCAUUUUUGUGUGACACCAGCCUUGUGUAGCCAGAGCUAUUGUCCCUCACCUUCCUGGAGUGCUAAAUUUAUCAAACAAACAAAAAAGAACUUUUAAAGCAGUUUAUUCUAGUUUCUUUUUAACAGCAUUUAUUCAAGAAUAGGGAUGUUCAGAGGUGAUUGUAAUCUCUUUCUCUUAUUAAUACACGCUGUUUGUGCUUCAAUCAUUCUGAGUGCUUCUGGGUUCUGCAGCUCCUCCAAUAUCAAGUUCUUAUCAUUUUAAAUCUGCCUUUACCUGGCUGUGAGCUGCUGUGAUCUCGUCUGGAGAAUCCUAACAGCCGGGCGCUGGACUGCCGUCCUCACUCCAUUCAAGUCCAUAUAAAUGUAUAGUGGGCGGGGCUGGCAGAGUUGAAAGGUCACACUGUCACAUGAUGUGAAUGGAACGCGCAAUGGCAGUUAGGAUUCUCCAGACCAGCUCCCAGCAGAUCACAGCCAGGUAAAGACAGAUUGUAUAAAUAAAUAGAUAGAUAUAUAGCGAUCGCACUGCAUUGUCUCUCUCCAGUGUUGUACACUUCCCAUGAAGGAUGUUGUGGGAUGGAAAGACUUUGUGGAUUUUUACAUUGGAGACUCUGAGUCCUACAGGACUGAAUGCAGAACACAAUGUCAGCUGUUUUCUCCCUGAUAGAUACAUGCUUGAAUACUUCUACUGGGAAAUGCAGCGAUGUGUUCAAUCUGUGAAGUGAUGCUAUAUCUAUACUCACAGUGUUUUAUAUAGCGCUGGACUUACUUGGGUUGGGGCAGCUAUUGAUAUCUUGUAAUAUUGAUAGAUUAUUGAUAUUGUGAACAUAGAAUCAAAUCUAAUUUUAAAUAAGAUAAUAUAGUGUGAUUAUAAAUGAAAAUGAAGUCUAAAGGAUGGAUGUUUUGAAAUAUUCGUAUUGUGUUUUAAUAGCAUUGCUUGCGCUUUGUGAUGCUGAUUAUUUGAAUUGCGGGUUUUCAAUGAUUGUCUCGUUAAUGAGCUCAUUGAGGUCACGUGGUAAGGUGUGUAAUGGUGAGGGGGCGUGUCUAUUCACUACAGAAUGGCGAAGACCGUCUGGACAAAACGUGGCUUUGUUUUUAACUGUGUUCUUUUUAAAUAGUACUUAAUAAAGAAUGGGAAUUUGAUCAACGA